GGUUUUACAACCAAUAAUAAAAUUCAAUGUUAGAAACAGGAUUUACACACAUUAUUUUAAAUAGUACACUACCAUUAUUUGGUAAAUUGAAAUGGUUCAGUAUUGAAAAUUUAACGAAUAUCAAUAAAUUGCACAAAUUAAAAACUAUACAUUCUCAUAAAUGUUUUAAUAAAACAAUUCAAAUGUUUGAUGAUUGUUGGAAUUAUAUAAGACAACUAUUUAUUGAAUAUUUAAUUCCAAUAGAAAAUAACAAUGAUCGAGUUAUUAUUGAAACAUUUGAACAAACUCAAAGAAAUGAAACAAUAAGAACUAUAAAUAAUGUAACCUAUUUGAAUUUUUUAAAUGCACUAUGUUUAACUGCAUGUUAUAGUCGAUAUCAAGAAAAUUUAGAACCGAUUAUAAAUGAUCGUGUUUUUUGUCCAUUCCCAUGUGUUAUACAAGAAGACUGUUCAUUUAAUGAAUGUAAAAAUUAUGGUAUAUUUACACAUGAAUAUGAAUGUCCUUGUGAUAAUUCAAGUAAAUGGGAUAGAGAUAGUAAUGAAUGCUUACCAGAUAGUAUAUACAAGAUAAGACAAACGAGAAAUUAUCCUGAUAUGUUAACGAAAGAAAAGAUUCGAAGGCAAAGAAGCCCGAGGAAUUGUGAGCCCUAUAGUAAAUGUAGUAAAAAUGGGACAUUAUUUUGUACAUUGGAUUCAAAUUAUGAGUAUACAAUAUGUGUGUGCAAACUUGAUUAUCACGGUAGUUAUUGCCAAGACAAAAUAAAUGCUUGUCUAUUUCGUAUUGAACAUCAUUUACAACCAAAUGGUGGAACAUUAAUUGCUGGUAAUACAGCAUGUAAUGUUAAUAGUUCAGGCAAUAAAUGUGUCGCAUUAAUAAGUGCUGAAGGUGACGCAUCAUAUCAAUGUCAAUGUAAUGAAACGCACUGGAUACCAGAUAUUGAAUUACCUUAUCCUAAUUGCUUACAAAAACAGACAAAGUGCGAUUCUAUUGUGUGUGUACAUGGAUUUUGUGUUUCAAAUAAUCAUACUGAUCAGGCUAAAUGUUUAUGCGAUCCUGGUUACGGUGGACCUGCUUGCGAAGAAUGGGUUGGUGUAUGGUCUGAAUGGUCAGAAUGGGGUCAGUGUCGACCAACCUGUGGAGAUAUACGUUACAGUUUACGCCAGAGAGAUUGUUUAUCAAUGAAAUUGGGGAAUAAAACAAAGCUAUGUUUAGGUCCACCCAUUGAAUAUGUUAAAUGUUCGGAACAUUCAUGUAUAUGAUUCCAUGUGAGGGCUUGUCUUGUGACGCAGUUCGGUGCUUUCCUCAAUGUGUGUCCUAUCCACUUCCAGCGCUUCUUCCUGAUUUCUUCCUCCACUGGGAUCUGGUUUGUUCUCUCCCAUAGUACGUUGUUGCUAAUAGUGUCCGGCCAGUGGAUCUGAAGUAUUUUGCGUAGACAACUGUUAAUAAACACCUGUAUUUUCUGGAUGAUGGCUUUCGUAGUUCUCCAGGUUUCUGCCCCAUACAGUAGAACUGUCUUGACAUUUGUAUUGAAAAUGCUGACCUUGGUGUUGGUUGACAGUUGCUUUGAGCUCCAGAUGUUCUUCAGUUGUAAAUAUGCUGCUCUUGCUUUGCCGAUCCACGCCUUCACAUCUGCAUCAGAUCCACCCUGUUCAUCAAUGAUGCUGCCCAAAUAUGUAAAGGUUUUUACAUCUUCCAAAUCUUCUCCGUCAAUUGUGAUUGGAUUGGUGCAUGCUGUGUUGUAUCGGAGAAUCCUGCUUUUCCGUUUUGUAUAUUGAGACCUACUGCUGCUGAGGCUGCUGCCACACUAUUCGUCUUCUCCUGCAUCUGUUGUUGUGUUUGGGAUAGAAGGGCCAGAUCGUCUG